CCCAAACAGAAAGACACGGUUGUUGGGAAUUCGCGUUUUUUACCGGUUGUGCUGUUGUUUUCAGGCUAAUUUGACGUUUACGAGGAACAUCCUGCUGGUACAGGAUUUUACUUAACAAUUUCUGUGCGGACGGGUCGUCGACGCGUUACUGCUCCAGGGUCUUUGUUCAGUGAACAUUUGGUGAUACAAUAGGAUUUAAAGAGUUAGAAGGAGACGGUGUUGUUCUACGUCGCCUAAUGAGCAUCUCUGAUGGAUCUUUGGGCUCAAAGCCUCAAUUGAGAGCAGAAAACGAAUCUGAACCCACGGAUUUUCAAAUCGGCGAGUUCAGAGCAGAAACUGCCAAUUCUAUGAAGGAUGUUGAUUUAGACGGGUCAGUACCGGCUCUUACAACUCCAUUGGAUGCUAACAAGAAUGCUUUUUCUUAUGUCGAAGGAUCUAUCGUUCGGCCUGUCGUCUCCAACACUUCUGUUAGCUCUGAAACCAGUGGUGCGUCCUUUAAAAGCCGGUUUUCUUGGCUACAGUCAGAUGCUACGAACGCGUUUAAAAAGACCCCCAGCCCACCGGCAAGCGAUGUUUCAGGCUCUCCCGAACAACCUUUCCAACAGCUUUGCGGUCUUGUGAAGAAAAGCAGGAGUGGUGAACAGAUUGCGGACUUUGAGGAAAAGAUUCUAGCACUACAAAGCAAGUUGACACAACGGACAGAAAAGGAUAGCCCGGCGGCUAAAUGUGUGGAUUGGAAUAAUUGGGUUGAAGUAUUUAUUAACGAUGACGGAGCACCAAGUACGGAGACCUUGUCUCAACUUAUCAAUGAGUGCAACGAUGUCAUUCCCUCACCUUUACGUGCUGUUUGUUGGGAAUUGUUUCUUAAUGUUCAAAAAAAUGAAUUGCUAACGCUGUACAUUACUCUUGCACUUCAACGAAAUUCACUUGAUGUUGAACUUAGACGAACUAUACGGUCUCAGCCCUUUCGUUCUCCCGUCGAACUUUUGCGCCAGGGAAAUGCUUCCCGAUUACGCGUUUCAAACGAUAGUCUGCUUUCUGUGCUUCAUGCAUUUACACUAUUUGACACUACUGUAGAAUAUGCUUUUGACAAGCUUCUGUGGAUAACAACUGCCUUUCUCUGUUAUCUUCCCGAAGCGAACAGUUUCCGUGCCCUCGUGUGCUUAUUGCGGAAAAAUGUUAUGUCCGAGCUAUUCACCGUCGAUACUACAUCCAUUCAAAGCACCUUGUUUAUGCAGGUCAUGCAAGGCCUUGAGGACGCAUGCCCUGAAUUGGCCAUUAUUCUUUCUCGUUUAUGUGUUACAUCACUUGAAAAACACUUUGAUUGCUAUUGCUCUUGCUUCUCCGCCAUUUUAAGCGUUACGGAUUCUCUUCGAUUGUUUGACUUACUGUGUAUACACGGAUUGCCAUUUUUCGUUCGGCUUACGAUCGCAGUGCUUAUAAAAAACGCCGAACGAAUUCUGCAAGUAAAGACAAUCGAACAAUUUAAGAAGUUUAUGAACAGUGACAUAUAUGGUGUCUAUCGGACCAGCAGCCCCACUCGCUAUUCGUUUUAUGGCCGUAGUCCUGUGAGUAUAGACGAAUGGAUACAGGAUGCGUUGGCCUUGCAGAUAGAGCCAUUUAACCCAGAACGAAGAAACAUUAUUUAUGAUACGUUGCGGGCGAAGCGAGAACAAUUAGAGAAAACUAUUGCUACCCUGCGUACCGAAAUCGAUAAGUUUACAACAGAUACCACUGAAGCCGCUGUUUCAACGAAACAGCUCCAAGGCGAACAUGACUCUUUAGCUUCUCAACUUGAAGAGAAAGAGAUGGAACACACUUCUAUGGAUGAGGAAACUGCUGCAUUACAGACAGAACUGGAUGAGCUGAAAGCAAAGUUUGAGGAAAGGCCCGCUGAAUUGCGAAGAAAGUAUGCGGAAGAAUUAGAGAUUAUGAAGGGACGCAACGAGAAGUUUUCUGAGCAGAAUGAUUUACUCAAAGAACAAAUUGAUUAUCUGACCUCAGAACUCGAUAAAACACAAGCGGCACAUAAUGAGCUUAAAGAACGGUAUGACAGUAUUACUAAGAAAUGGGAAGACUUAUCCAAAAUGUUCGGUAAUGAAGCACGAACAUCCCAGUGAAUACGAGAAUAAUGAGAAGUCCUAUACCUUCAUUCCUUCAUCUAUGUUGUUUCUUAAAUAUUACCAUUAAUCCCCCCCUAUGAAGUUUUCGUCUACGUUUUAAUUACUGUAUCAUUCAUCAAAUUUUCAUUCAAGUGAACUCUAUAAAAGUAUCUUUAAAUUGUGGGAAUUAAACCAGUUAUAGGACAAUAUAACCCACGGUGAAUAUACCAAUGUUUUAGUUCAUCUCAAUCUCAAGGCGAUUAAGACUCUCAAUCACAUGAGAAGGCAUUUUGUAAUCGAUCAGCGAGCUGUAUAUGAUCAAUUGACGUGCUUGGUGCCGAUAGACUUCCAGUUUAGAUUCCCGACCCAAACGCCCAUAGGCUGAGUGACGAUUUUUCAGAUAAAGUUCCUUCAGACUUUCCAUUGCAAUUAAAACAAGCCCAGGAAGGUUUUGAAGGACAGCCUCGUGUAGAAAGCGAAGAUCUUGAACUGUUUUCUUGAUUGAAGCAUAGUCACAUUCAGACUCCAGCGGCAGAAAUUCAAGUUUUUGUAAAGAUGAUAAUGCAAGUUCGUAAUUCUUCUGCGAAAAUGAUUGAAACGCAGAGACUGAAAGCAUUAAAAGGUCCGUUGUCUCCCGAUUUUUGUAGUCUAUACGAGUGAUAACGCCAGGAUUACUGGCGUACAUUUGAAGCAUACUCUUUGCCAACAUGACCGGCUUGUCGUCAAACGAACUAUUUUGGGAAAAGCUAGAAAGCGUGUUGCCUAGCAGCCGGUUGACCACAGAUACAACCGUGUUGUAUUCCUCAGCAAGAUGAUAAAGAAGAAUAGCAUCAGUGAUUUGAUGCCGUUGUUCAGCUUUCAUUGCUGAGCGACGAGUUAUGUUCCUCAGAAAGCUGGUCUCGGUAUCAAAGUAAGCCAGAGAACGAUGUGUUUCCAGGAACGCUGGAAUACGACUGCCAUCCUCACGUGUAUCACCCAAAAGACCUGCAAAAUCACGAGUAUACAGAAUUAGGUCCGACAAACGUUUGUGAGCAACAGUUGUAAACUUUCCAUCCAAACAUAUGGAAAGUAGAUAGCAGGCAGCCAGCUUUGCGUCUUUUUUGUCAAACGUGUAUGAAUAAUCUGUCAACAAGGACGGAUAAUCGAGAGAGAAAACAUUGGGAGAAACUUCCUUUAUAAAAUGAGAAGCAGAACCCGUAGCAUCAUGAUGCGUCCGAAGCAAUCCAUGUUGAGCACAGGCAAUCGCCAUUCCCGCAGCAUCGGACGGAGAGUAGGAGUAAAGAUAAUCAAUGGCUUUUUCAAAAAGACCACAGAUCAGUAAUACAAAAAAGUAUAUGCUUGGAUUACAGCUUUUUUGUGAGAAAUACUCAGCACCAAAACUUAAGAUGGAUUUUUGCACAUCUGCCAAGGUGAAGCAUUCGUGUGCUGCAACAGUAGGUUCGUUAAAUUCACGAGAAAGCUUCAACUGCAGCCAUAAGUAGUCUUCAGUGACGGAGCAAACAUACGGAAGGGAACGCUUGGAAAGCUCGCAGCGGCCAAUAAUUUUGUAAAGUGCAAACUUGUACGGAUCUGGGUUGACUGCAUACCGUAAGAAUUGGUUAAAUUCAACAUGCAUUUUUUCACGAAUGGGACGGGGCAAAAUGUAAUCGGGAGAACUGGCGUACGACUUCAGAUAAGAAGGGAAGUUUCGAGCAAACUUCUCAAAGGCAUCCUCAUUCUCAUUGACAAAUGUAACUGCUUCGUCCAGAUAACCAGAACGAAUUAAAUAGAACAAUAAAGCCCACACGGGAGCAUUGUUUACGAUUUCCAAGUUUGCAUCGAUCCACUCCCCA